CUCUGGUUGAAAACAAACAUGGCCGUCUGGUAGUUGUUCCCCAGACAUAUUGUACAUUACUUCAAAACACGCUUUCGUGAAAUGAGAUGGCUCGAAGAUCCAAAACUAGUUUAGAAAAUGAAAUAGAGCGUUCACGGUGGGAGGAAAAAUGGGAAUAUAUUCCAAAACUGGUCGAUCAGCUAUCGAGUCGGACUACAAGUGAACCAAGUAUAGGUGAGUUUUUGUUGUCAUUAAGUAAUUUUUUUGGUAAUUAUCAGCUGGAUUUUACUUUAAAUUUUCAUCAACAUGGAUACUAGAAGGUAAAAUUUUUGUUCAAUAAUUCUUAAGUUUUGUGUAUGCGUCGAAAAAUUGUUUCCUUUAAUUGAAGAGUAUCCUCUCCGUCUGGUUUUAAUGUUUACAUUCACCAUUAAAUUAUUUCGAAAUCUAAACAAGGUUACAUUGAUAUUGGCAGACACUGAGAUAUGUCACAAAUUUUUCAAACGUCACUGGGAAGAUUCAGAUUCAAGGAAAUCAUUUUUAGAGGAAGUCACCUUGCCAAUGUUUAUUCAGUCGUUCAUUCAAAUGUUGUGAGGUUAUGUUUGGGAAUUUUAACGGAAGUAGAAUCGAUUCGCAUCAGUCUCUUUGGGGUCAUUUAGAAUUUUAAGUGAUGGAGGCUUUUCCAGGGUUUACAGGUUUUUCAAAGUUUAAAGAGACUGGAGAAAGGUUAAUUAAACAAAGUAUAUUCACUCUGGGGACAGUAGGAGUAACAUUCCAGAUGACACCAUCCAAUGAAUGAGACACAUUUAAUCUUUAAUAGUCAUCAGUGGAAGAGGACUUGUAAUACAUAAUUUUAAAAACAAUGAAACCUUAAAUUUCAUUAUGUGGCCAAACUGGAUCUCCUAUAUAAAGCUGUAUCAUUUACAUGUAUCUGAUCUGAUUUUCAAUUAAUAAAUUCCCCUCUAGCUGCUACACAUUUCCUUAUAAAGAAGUUGCAGGAAUUUGGUGCUAGAUCAAGAUAACAACUUCUACCUGAUAACUUUGGGUAUUCUCAUUCUAGUCUGAUGGAUAACAUAUAUUUAUUAUAGGGAGAAGUUACAUGUUUAUCACUUCUUAGAGUUGAAGGGUUAAUUGUCAUUUACAGAUACAAUAAAAAAGUUCCUAAUCAGUGAAUCCCGGCUUGAAAUAUACCUCAGAGAUCAUCCUCUUGGAACAACAGAUGCUGUUCAGGCUAAGAAAAGUUUAGGGGAAACUAUCUCAAAUCUUGAAAAACUGGUUUCUCAAGAUAAGUUGGGAAAGGUAUGUAAGCAGUAAACAAAUGAAUCACCAGUUGCCUCGUAAAAGCACUUCAUCCACAAAAACAAGGACUAUUUCCCUGAACUCAACCAUUUAUUUUCACAUUUUUCACCCAUGAGGUUGUGUAAAUCACGUAGCCUAAAAGUCACUAAAGCAAUGGCACACAAUGCGUACAAAUGACAAAAAAAUAAGAAAAACUAAACAAAAUGUCAAUGUUCAGUGGCAACACCAGUAACCAAUCAAUAAAUCAAAAAAUAAAUAAAUGAAUGAAGUAAUAGAUAGAUAGAUAAAUACUGUAAACAGAUACCUAUCCAAAUAAAUUAAUGAUUUGACCUCCAAGAUCAGAUUGUUAAUUUUUUUCUUUCUUGAACCAUAACUUAUCUUCUGAUUGAACAGGUAGAGAGGAAACAAGAAGCUUUAUUUUUGCUUUGCAAAGCUCAUUUUGUAUUGGAAGACUUUCAAAGUUGUGUAGAAUACUGCAAACAAGCUGGAAUGGAAGACAUCUACAUGGAUACACAACUUAAGAGGAAAACAAAACUGGUUGCUGAAGGUUUUGCUCACAAAGGUAAGAUUCCUUUCCAGCAGCUGAUUUUGCAGACUGAUAAAUCAUAUCUCCAUGGUAUUGUUUUUCAUGCACUGAUAAGAACAAGUGAUUCAGUUUGACACAAAAUGCUACAUUUCUGGCUCAAGAACUCCAAAUUAUUAUAAAAGAACCUUGGUGCCAGGAAUAAUUGCUGCAGGGAUUUGUUGAUAUUCAGUUUCUCUGGUAUGAUUGUGUCAACCCUUUUUAACUCUAGUAUCAGUAUGCAAGUUCUCAACACUUUUCUAUAUACAUUUCUCAUGGUACAGAGCCAGUGAUCAUUACCUUUAAUCUUGUGAUCUUAAUGUUUGAGUCAAGGUUGAUACUGUUGGGAGAAUUUAGAUGCUUAUCACUCUUAGGUGCAAAAGGGUUUAAAAGCAAGUUGGUCUUUUCAUUUGCAAUGAUAGCAAAAUGCUCUCCCAUCUUGAAAAACAUAUAACUCUCAUUUUACCAGAUGUAAAAUUUAAGUUGGGAAAAGUCAAUAUUGGAAACAUUACCAGACAAUCCAAAGUUUUAGCCAUGGUAUGUUUAGUCAAAUGAUGCAUGUAGACCAAUCAUUUAGGAGCAAAAUAUUAAAUGGGUUAUAGAAAUGUUUUUUAUUGACUAUGUAUCUUAUACUCUCAGCAAUGGCUCUUGAACAGUUGCAGUCAAUUGGAAAGUCAGACAUCAGUGAUGAGGACAUUAUUGCUUGUUAUGAAUGCGCUGGUGACAUAGGACUCUGGCUAAUUACUGACCAGACAUCUUCACAAAGGACUGUAACAACAUCACAAAUGCCAAAGUUAGGAAGAACCCUGGAGAUAGCAAUUCAAAGGGCCCCAGUGCUUCUUAUCAAGAAUGGGUGAGUAAUACCCAGGCUUACUCAGAUGCACUUUCUGCUGCACAUGCAUACUGUUGUGCAUGUUAAGUUUGUCCACAUUAUGUUUGUAGGCUCCAAAGUCCCCUGUGAUGUUAUUUAAUUUAGUAAAAAAAGGGAAAGCUCUGAUUUUCAUUUUAGAGAUGGAGUUUAAUUUAUGUCUUUAUACUGUAACAGGAAAAUUAUUGAUGGCAUCAACAGAUUCAGGCACAUGUUGAGAGUGGUGGAGACAAGAACUACUCUUGGCUUGAGAAAGGUAAAUGCAUUGUCUAACGACUUUUGAUCAUUGUAGCAGAGUUUUAGGGAGUUUAACAGCCAGUAGCAGCUUGUGAUCAAGCCACCUGUGAUCAAACCUCUCUUUCUCAAAUGUUGUCGUUUUUUUUUUUUUUUUUUUUACAAAACCUCAAAUGUGUUCAGGGACUAGCCAAACAACUGGCACAGGUUCUUUUACGAGGAGUUUGUGAGAGGAGCUAUGAAAAACCUUUAAACUUACUGCCCAGCUCUCCACUGAUAAGCUCAACAUCGUCACUGAAAUCUGGAUCCAAGAUGGACUUGAAGGCCACCUCAAGUAAUGUUAUCACUUGCAAGCAUGCAACCUUUCCUCUAAAACCACAAAUGUACAAUGGAGAAAGGUAUGAGAUGAGCCUAUCUGUGCCUUUUUUUUUUAAGUCCUUCAAGCUGACCAGAGAGUUUUACUGAAAUUCUCUGAAUGGUGAAGUUUGAUCUAAAAACCAAGUGAUUUUAUCACUUUCAUUUAAAAGUACACCUGAAAUAAUGACAUGGACUGUGUUUAAGAGUUCCUAGGGUAACAUAGCCUUUGGAAAAGUGUCUACAAAUUUUUGACAAGUUUCUCAAAACAUACAUCUUGUCCAACAAGGUUUAGGAAUAUGGCCACUCCUGUGAAUAGCAUUCCAGUCCUUUCAUCAUUAAGAAUGCCUCAGCAAUACAUGUAUGUCAAGUUUCCUAGACAGUUAACUGGAUCUGAUCUAUAAUUCUUGGAAGAAAGAGACAUUUUGUAGGGUGUGUUUUCCAGCUUGCCCAAGAACACAAAAUGAUGAUCCUAAUCAACUAAACCAGGUCCAGUUGUUCGAGCAUGGAUAACGCUAUCCACAGUAUAAAUCUCUCUCUGGUGGAUAGCCCAGUAUGUUUUGUUUACACUUAUCUGCUGGAUAGUGAUUUAUCCACUGGACAGUGUUAUCCAGCCUUUAUACAACAGGACCCAAGACAUUGAAGAGGUGUCCCAUACACUACCUAUGAGGCUACUUUGUUCCCCAUGCAAUGAUGUGUACUUUUUUUUUCUUGCAGUUUGUUUUUCCCCAGGAAUGAAACAGAAGAGAGUUUGCUCCUUUUGCUUUUGGAGGAGGCUAUGGUAUGGUUUGUUUAAAACUGAGUUUUUGUUUGUUUGUUUUUUCUGUUGUUUAGAAUUGUUCUGUUUUUCAUGUAGGUUUAAAGAUAAGGUAAAUAUUGCCUUGUGAUAAAUUUAUUUUCCACCAGGUUUAGGUAUAAUUAUUUAUUGUUAGUAGUAAAUAUACUAUUUGUAGUAAUGUUGUGUAAAAUACUUCUAACUUGUACUAAAGGGAAGCAUUUAAUAGCACUGAAGUAACAACCAUGAUUUUCAAACUGGAUGUGUAACAGACACUGUAGUCACAUACACUUUACUUGUUUUAUGAAGAAGUUGCAAUUUCUUUGUUUUGUUCUUGAAAUUUGAUCAGAAAUAUUGUUAUCUCUUGUUUUAGUUCUGUCCUCUGAUUGAUUUUCAUUGUUUUGGUGGCCUCAAGCUUAUUAGAAUACUGUUGAAUUUUACUUGUUUGUUUUUUGGUUUUGUUUUUUCAGGUCUCUAAGGAUGCAGAGCUAAGUCAAGCUCCAGAAAGAUCAACAGCUAGGCAACAGACAGUGAUAGACUCUGAGAAUGCGUAUGACUUACUAACAGUGGCACUGGUCAGGAGAGCUCAGUAUGGCAUGUUAGCAGAGGUUAGAAUGUAGCAAUAAGCUUUCUAAGAGCACUUUUUCACAGAUUGUCAGAAUACCAAAACUUCAAUAGUAACUUAGCCAUAAGAGCCAAUGAGAGCAAAGAAAAAGAUGAUACCAAUUUUUUUUUUUUUUAAUGUGUUUCAGUGUUUUGACAGAGGGAUGAAAGUUGCUUUUGAAGAGUUCCACCUGUGGUUUCAGUUUGGUUUGUCUCUGAUCAGCGCAGGCAAAGUAUGUGUUUCCAUAUCUGAAGUUCAUUGUUAUUAAUCCUUUACACCCUAACAUCAGUAUGCAUAUUCUCCAUACUGUUCUCUAAACACUUCCUAAGGUGAUGAAAAGGAGAAUUUGUCUAAUUAUCAAGAGCUUCUUUAGCUGGUGAUCACUUCCUUUAUUCUUGUGACCUUAAUGUUUGAUUCAGGGGUGAUAUGGUAAGGAGAAAUUAGAUACCAGUCACUCUUAGGGUGUUAAAGGGUUGACAAGCAGUGGACUAUUUUGACUAUGUCUUGCUUUCACGGAAACUAACCAAGAAAAUAGACCUUAUUGCCUGAUCAAUCACUACGAAUUUUCAGUCGAAUUAAGUCAUGCAAAUUUGCUACUCUGCUACUUGUAGGGAAAGAGGUUGGGAAGUGAUCCAAUAGGUUUUUUCGUUGAUGUUGUUGUUUCUCGUGAAACUGUUUCACAGUUGUAAACAGAGGAGCUUUUUUAACAUUGUAAAUUGACUUUCUCUACUGCCCUUAGUAUCACAGAGCCCUGAUGGUUCUCAAGCAGUGUCAUCAGCUUCGACCAGAGGACUCCUUAGUCUGCCUUUAUGCUGCUAAGCUCUGUUUUAACAGCCUUCACAUGGUAUGAAAAUUUGCUUCUUUUAUUAGUGUAGAAUGUAGAAAUAGGGUUUGUCUUAUAAAUGUAUGAGAACUCUGAUGAAAGAAUCCUUUCUAUCAGCAGCCUAGCCGUAAUGGCGGGGUUAAGUAACUUAAAAAUACUACUCUUUGUAGAAGGAAGUCGAGAAGUACAUUAACACGGAACAUUUAGGAAGACCGGAAUAAUAUUAUUUUGGGGAAUUAAUUGAAUAAUUAUGUAAUGCGACGCAUUUUUUUCCUUACCCAGGAUUCAUUGUUCCUCUUUCCUUGAUUUAAGAUAUCCAGUAUUUUUUGGAAGCCAUUCCUCAUAUAGUUAAAACAUUUUUUUAAUUCUUAACUUGAACAACUGCACUCAGUCAAGUGAUCAGAAUUGUAGUUUGUUUUCAGUCAAAAGACUCAUUAAAGCUAAAGGAUGCCACGGUUAAAUUUCAAUUUUAAUCUUAUCGCUAUUCGUGAUUACGACGUUGAAUUAAGAAAAAAAUUGGAUGAAAAUAAAAAAGAAUAGUAUUUGGUUGUAAUAAUGGAGUGUUCGGAUUAGCAAGGUUGUUAAAUUAGAAACUGAGUGGACCUCCACUCAGAUUUCUAAAACGUAAUCACGUGAAGAAAGGAUAGGAUUGUGCUGUCGUCAACCCUGGCCGAGUCAUUAUGUUGUGUCCUGGGCCGAGGCACUCCACUAUCACAGUGCUUCUCUCCAUCGUGGAGUAUAAGUGAAUACCCAUGAACUGCUCAAGAGACUUCGUGAAGUGCCGAGAGGUUACAUGACACGGAGUAGCUUCCUAUUUAGGGGAUCAGCGGUACUUGUUUACGUUUCGUGCUACGAAAAUCGAGGUAGAUAGGCUCCUGUGGUCUGGGAAACUUGGUACGAGAGCAAAUUUUACAAUUCUUGACAUUAUAAGUAUUACAAAUGGUACAGCAAAACGAAAGAGCGAAAAAAGAUAGGGAGGAUUAAAAUGAGGUGUUGUUAUUUAUGAGAUUUUUCGCUCUCUUGUUUUUAUUUAUAAGAUUGAUGAAGGGAUAAAGUUUGCCAAGAAAGUCAUAGCCAAGGGAGACGAGAAAGAGCUUUCUUCCAGAGGAUACCUGGCACUGGGUAUCGGUUACAGCCUGCUGGCCAGCGAAGGUGCAUGGGAUUUGUUAUUAACUUUGUACCUUCCUCUUUGAAUUUGCCAAUCUGCGCAGAGGCUGGGCCGGAAACAUUCCCAACUAAUGAAAAUUUGUUUUUGGAAUUUUCCUGCAUGUCUUUUAUCAGUUAGACAGUAAAGAGUCUGACGACUAUUUUCUUAGAGGUUAUUUCAGGGAAACUUCGCUCACGUUAGCUCGCUAAUAUUCCUUUUGGGUUGUUUUCUUUUCAUUACUGACAACAUAUUACAAGUGCAAAUUGUAUUCAAGGUAUAUAGAAAGGGGUCUGUAAUUGGUGGAAAGUGUUAUUUGAUCGGGGAUCGACCUUAAAGUGCACCGUUCCCAUCUGAAUAAGAACAAUAAAAACUUUUCGGGGAGGGGGGGAAAUUGGGUUGUUACACCCCAACUCCCCACCCCCUUGCGAGUAUGUUGCAAAAGACCCAAUAAUGAUCAGACUCCACUACAGAUUCUUACGAGCAUAGCAGAUCGAGUAACAAUAUAUUAAAGAGUUCAACGCGAUUAUCAAUUUUCGAUUAAAAAAGCCAGCAUGCAGUCUAUAAUUGUUUGGAUGUCGAGAGGGAAAUCGAGGAUGACCGAAGUAGAGCUACGUUUCAUGGGGUUAGUUGUGGCUAUUUCGGGCAUUUAUCAGCAAAUGGUUGAAGCUAUCUAAAUGGAAGAUGUUUUUAAUUUCUUAUAUUCAUGUACUUUCCUGCAGCUUGUUUAAGAGGAGAACGUCAACAGCUUCAGAAACAAGCAAUUGAUGCUCUUCAGAAGUAAGUGUCAUGAUAGAAAAUUUGAUUUUCCUUCAUGAUUUCCUGUGUUGGCUUUUUCACAGCUCAACCUUUUCAUUUAAUUUCUAUCUACAAACAUUACGCUAUUGACAUUGCUGAUCCUUGCAGUAUGCAGGACGCGUGUCAUAUGAACUUCGUAACGGACCUCGCUCACCAUGGAGUCUUUGUGGCUCAGUGGUAGAGCAUCGGAGCGCGAAAUCCGAAGGUCUGAGGUUCGAUUUUUCAUGUGGACUCAGAAUUUUUUCUUUGUCCCACGCUCGUGACAAGACGAAAAACAUCUUUAUUCAUCCUUUUAAUGUUGCUAAUGAUAAUUUUCUUUUUAAUCUAUGUUACGUUACCACGGCCAAUUUAAUCGAGACCAGUUCCUUCUCGGCCCUUUGAAUGAGAGCCUGUUGAAAGCAAGAGAGACGCUAAAUUUUGAGUUUGUCUGUUGAACAAGCGAAGUCGUGAAAUUUUUGUCUCGAGUGCGGAACAAGACCUUGUCAUUCUUGCAUUUUCUCUCUGUCUUUUACACAGAGGGCACAACUUGGAUCCUGACGACAGCGAAGUCUUGUUUCACCUCGCCCUCAAUCAUGCUCUCAUGAGACAGGUUAGAAUUAAUUUGAAAAUAAUCGACUGGAAUGGUUGCUUUGAACAGUGAGGGGGCAAGCAAAGAAGCAUGAAAAAUUUCUUCAUUUCGAACUUGAGAAAAUCUAUUGUCGUCUGAAACUUGUUCGCAAGAAUUACCGCAAAAAAAAAUCGUUCCUCCCACUCCAUCAUCGCUUUAUGGUCGGUGCUUCCCCAUCGAUGUUCUGUUGCAAUGCUAUUUCCCGCACUUUAACCUGUUUUCCGUUUUGAUCCCCAGUGAUUUUUGUGUUACGAUGUGGGAUCAUCAAGCGCUUCAAAGUGUGGAUUGUUUCAAACAGUUCCCUAAAAGUUUAUUUUACUUUCAUUUCCAGAUGACAAAGGCCCUGAAAAACAUUAGAAAUGCACUUAAAAUGGACAUGAAUCAAUCCUUUUUUCUGCAUCUUUUAGCUCUUAUACUUUCUUCCCAGAAAAAGGUAAGUUACUCGUUUAUGCUCCGCCUUCUCGUCACUGAUCCUUAUCGAUUUUAUGCGUUGUCAGCGCUCACCGUUUCCUUUGUAUGGGUGUACUGGUGUAGUAAGGAGAAUAUGAUUGAUUUGUUUGUUCAUAGUUUGUUGAGGCACUAGAGGUCUGUGAUGCUGCUCUGAUGGAAUUCCCUGAUGACUUCAGGUGUGUGUUGUACUUCAGUUCUCAAUUGUUGCAGUUGCUAGACGCAGGCGAACUGUCAUAGAGACCUGACUAAAUACCGAGGGUUUCUCGGUCUGUGAUGGACCAGAGUAUCAUCCACGGGAAGUAACAGUGCUCUCAUUUGCUUGAUGUUAUCUACUGUCUGUUUUCAGUUUGCUUCUGACGAAGGUUAAACUGGAACAGGCUUGCUUAGGUGGAGAGCAAGCACUGAUCACCUGCAAACGGUUGUUGGAAACCUGGAAACGAGUGUACGAGUCUGAUCUAUCGGGGUAAGUGUGAAGAGCAAACUGUGGAAAGUUUCUGCUUUUUGCGCAAAAAUUAACGUAUUUAUUGUGGGUAAAAGUGUUCGAAUAAGGGAUAAGUAAAGAACCAAAACCUAAGAUAUGAAAGGAUUUUCUCCAGCUCGAAGUUUGGAGGGACCUUUGUUGAUUUGAUAAGCAAACAUGGACAACCAAAUUGAGAUUAGUUAUUAUUUCAGGCUAAGUCAUUUGUAACUGGAAAUGCAAUGGUUUUGAGCCGUUUAAAGAGACUGUUAACCAUUCCAGUGCUUUUACCAAGACAAUAGUAGUAAUUGAUAGUUGUGGACUGUCCGGGCAACCCUAAAAAAUUGCUUAGCUGGGGUUACUGUGCGGGAGCUAUCGACUACCAUCCCGUUUAGUAGGCGGGGGAAAUGUAGUCAAUUGAAGCUCGAGGAAACAUUACAAGAUUAAAAAGGAAGAGGCCACUAGGUGGUUAAGGACUGCCAAUCAGUCUCUGUUCGUGGAAGGAAUUGUGCACGCUACACGUAAACGAGUUAAAUUAUUUGAGACCCAGUGCUUUACUCAUAAACUGUGUAAAAUUUAGAGUGGGCCCAAAGGUCUUAAGUGCUUACUGCUUUCAGAUCCACAGAGCUUCAAAGGGCUGGAUCAGGUUUGCUAGACAAAGUUAUCACAGAUUCUCGAAGCUUGAAACAGAUUCCACUCACAGAACUCACCAGUGAAAAAGACUCCGGUAAGUGUUCCUUCAAACAUUAGAAUUCCCCGUGUUACUCUGGUUAUUGGAGCCUGUUCGGAACUAAUUGCCAUCGUGUUUCUUGUCAGAUGAUGGUGCCAGUUCCAUCGCGGCUUCAGUGCGCCUGGAACAGGCCUUAUCAGACGAGGCUGCCUCGACUUCCGUCCGACUCAGCGUUCCAGCUGUAUUAGCCUUGCAAGCAAAACUCUGGCUUGCUAUUGGUUAGUCCUAUUUAUGUGUCCAGUCAACAAAACCAGCACAAUCCCAGAUCAGUUGAGAAAACUACACCAUUAGUUCUUUUGACAAUUUGUCAACGGUUUCCACCUAAUCUAACUCAUUUCUAUUUAGUCAUUUCUAUUUAGUCACAGGGAAGUGGUUUAUUAAUUUAUUUCAUUGGACUAUCUGGAGACAUAUGAUGUGUUUUGUUACAGCUGAUGUGUAUGUUGCCAUGGAAAAGGACACUGAAGGCAGCGCAUGCGUUCAGGAGGCGCAUUUGAUAUUCCCUUUUUCCCCGGAUGUGCUGUUUCAGGUAUGAGUCUUGCUUACGUGUUGUCAGUGCACCAAGACGCGGUUGUUAGGAACAAUUUUGGCCCAACUUUCGUAAAAAGGUGGGGUAGGAAAUCUAACACUACUACUACUAACACUACAGUACUUAGAUAGUCCUUCCGUCCAGCCACUCUUUUAUAUGGCACCACGGCAUUUUUUUCUCCUAUAUUGAUUUGCCUUACCCCCCCCCCCUUAAUUACCCAAGAUCUCUCAAUCCUGUCGUAUUAAUACGCAUCACCUUCCCUUUUUUUAAAUGCUCUCAACUCAGGAGGGAGCUUAAGAUCGAGGACGCGACCGCUUUGAGAACGCGGUGACCGAUCAAAAGCCUGGAACGAAAACGGGGCAAUUUUAAGAAGUGCUGUGAGCUAACGCCGGGAUAGCAUGCUGAUGUGCGCAUAGAAAAUUCUGAGUCAGUCCCAUAUGCAGACUUCAAAUGGUUUUUUUUUUUGUUGUUGUUCUUAAUUUGUUUUUAUUUUCUUACACAGCGUGGCCGCAUUUUCGAGCUUAAAGAAAACCUUACGGAGGCCAAGAAUUGCUUCGAUAAUGCGAUCUCCAUAAACCCAAGCCACGUGGCCAGCAUUCAACACCUGGUAGGAUGUACAAAAUAAAACUGGACUCAUUAACGAAUACAGAUUGGCUUUAAAAAAUUAAUUGAGUAUUCGCACUAUUAGAGAGUAGUCGUGAUUUAUCGGCGGGGGGGAGAUUUUGGGAGGAUCCUAUGGUUUUUGAGGGAUACGGAGGGGAGAUCAGUCGUCGCUAACAGAGUAUAAAGGGGGGGGAACUAUAGAAAAUUGACCGCUAAUUUCAGUUGAAUUAGAUUUUUUCUAAUUUCAAUUGUUUCUCCUCCUCCUCCUCCUCCUCCUCCUCCUCCUCCUCAAGAUUGUGUUAUGUUAACAGUAGCGUCAGUCGCAGCUACGUUUAUACGUGAAUUUGGGUAUUUUAGUUAAUAACUGAGUUGAUAACGUAAAUUGGCCCCGUAAAGAGUUUCAAAGCUGACGUUUCAAGUGUUAACCCCUCGUUAGCUCUACGCUCGAUACGUCAGCUUUUAAACUCUUAACGGUGGCCAGUUUACGUUAUCAACUUAGUUGAUAAUACUGAAUUAUCUUGUUAUACUCUAUCACCGACGGAACACCACAGUUUCUCGAGAAACUUACCCCCUUUAUUUGUGAAACUGUUCGAUUAAUUUGGUUUCCUCAGGGUGCAGUGUAUCACAAACUUGGUAAUCUUGUUAUGGCUGAGAAAGUCCUCCGCGAAGCUAUCAAUAUCGAUCCAACAGCAUUUGAAGCUUGGUGAGUGAUCGCUUUCAUUCAAGUUUUUGGUUUGGGCGCGGUUGUGAAUCAUUAAGCAACAGGGUACCAUUCAUUUGGUUAUAACUGAAUAAUAUACGGGUCAUGUGAUUUUUUUUUUCAUCUUUCUUGCUUACACGGAUUUAUAGUCUUGUUCAGUGCCAGAUCCCCCUCACCAGCGACAUGUUGCGUUACAUUAUAUAACGCUUUCUCGAUUCUGUUAUUUUAUUUCGUGCACCGUGUUGUAUCGUGCCAUUUUAUGUUCAAAGACCUGCCAGUGUAAAUAAAUGGUAAUGAAACGUGUAGAUCUCAUUGGUAAUUCUCCUUACUGUCUGCCAUACAAUUCUUAUGGUGUAAGUUCGCAGAAUAUGGUAUUGGAUCAAUUAAUAACCCCCUUAUUGAUAUUAAUCUCUAUUCUCAUCACUUGUGUGUUUGAUAUUGUAUUGAUAUGUGCGAUGAGUCUGUCUGCUUAUUGUGUCAUUUCAUUUCAGGCAUCUUUUAGGCGUGGUUAUGGAAGCUCAAGACGAACACGAGGCAGCGAGCGAGUGCCUAAUGACGGCUAUUGACUUAGAGGCCACACAUCCUAUUGUUCCAUUAACAGUGAUACCAAGGUUGUUUUGAGCCUACCAGAAGUUUGCUGUGAUCCAACAACCGAAAAAAAAAACAAGAAUACUUAAAAAAUGAUUUUUAGUAGUAAUAUGACUGAGUACAGUCAAAUUAUGUCUGUAAUCGUACGAGUGAUUACCAAAUCAGACGAACGCGAUACGGGAGUCCGAUUUGUUUAUUACGAGUAUGAGAGCAGACAGAAUUGAACAACCCGAAGUCCUGUCACCAUCGAAUCAACACUUUGACAAAAGUUGAGAAAUAAACUAGCCAUCAGUGAUAUGUUUUCAUGAAAAAAGCUACAAGGAACUAGGCAAAUGCGUACAAGGAACCUGUAGUCCAGUUACAAACAUGACGUUCGAAUUACAAGAACGAGUAAGUGUCCAAUGUUCAAAGUUUAAAAUUUUGAUUUAAAAUUUUGAUUAUGAUGUUAAUUUCACUCCGAUGUGCUCAGUCCUCAAUGAAGGCAAG